GCUCUUCUGCUCUGAGCGGAGCGCCAGCGAGACGAACAGCACCAUGACUGCGAACGCAUACGACGUGAUUGUGAUUGGCGGAGGCAUCUCAGGUCAUAGGCCCAAGUAUGCUGCAGCUGCAUAGCUGAGGUCUGAGUGCCACCAAGCUGUUGGUGGAGAGCGGCCUGAAUCCUGUGCUCCUGGAAGCCAGAAACCGUGUUGGUGGAAGAACCUACACUGUUCAGAAUAAGGAGACCAAAUGGGUGGAUCUGGGAGGAGCUUACAUCGGGCCCACUCAAAACCGCAUCCUGAGAAUAGCCAAACAGUAUGGUGUGAAAACAUACAAAGUCAACGAGGAGGAGUCUCUGGUUCACUAUGUGAAGGGCAAAUCAUAUCCAUUCAAAGGGCCUUUCCCUCCGAUGUGGAACCCGCUUGCCUACCUGGACUACAACAACCUCUGGAGGACAAUGGACAAGAUGGGAAUGGAGAUUCCUAAAGAAGCUCCAUGGAGGGCACCUCAUGCAGAAGAGUGGGACAAGAUGACCAUGCAGCAGCUCUUUGACAAGAUUUGCUGGACCAGGGCCGCUCGUCGCUUUGCCACUUUGUUCGUCAAUGUGAACGUGACCUCCGAGCCCCAUGAGGUGUCUGCUCUCUGGUUCCUUUGGUAUGUCAAGCAGUGUGGAGGCACCAUGAGAAUCUUCUCUACCACCAAUGGAGGCCAGGAGCGCAAGUUUGCCGGAGGUGCCAAUCAAAUCAGUGAGGCGAUGGCGAAAGAGCUGGGUGAGCGCGUGAAGCUGGGCAGAGCUGUCUACAGCAUUGACCAGACUGGAGACCUGGUGGAGGUCAGGACGGUUAAUGAAGAGACAUACAAGGCCAAAUUUGUUAUACUUGCCAUACCACCAGGCCUGAACUUGAAAAUCCAUUUCAACCCAGAACUACCGCCUCUGAGGAACCAGCUGAUUCACAGAGUCCCCAUGGGCUCAGUCAUCAAGUGCAUGGUGUACUACAAAGAAAACUUCUGGAGGAAGAAGGGAUACUGUGGUAGUAUGGUUAUUGAGGAGGAAGAAGCACCUAUUGGUCUCACUCUUGAUGACACUAAGCCUGAUGGGUCUGUGCCUGCUAUAAUGGGUUUUAUCCUGGCGCGAAAAUCCAGGAAAUUAGCCGGCCUGACGAAAGAGGAGAGAAAGAGAAGGAUCUGUGAGAUUUAUGCUCGUGUGCUUGGCACAGAAGAAGCGUUAAAUCCUGUGCACUACGAGGAGAAAAAUUGGUGUGAGGAGGAGUACUCUGGUGGCUGCUACACUGCAUACUUCCCGCCUGGUAUCAUGACACAGUAUGGCAGGGUCCUGAGGGAACCGGUGGACAGGCUUUACUUUGCAGGAACUGAAACGGCCACAGAAUGGAGCGGUUACAUGGAGGGGGCCGUGCAAGCUGGAGAGAGAGCCACUAGAGAGAUUUUGUGUGCGAUGGGAAAACUCCACGCGAGUCAAAUCUGGCAGUCGGAGCCUGAAUCAUUGGAUAUCCCGGCCCGGCCGUUUGUCACCACAUUCUGGGAAAGAAACUUGCCGUCUGUUGGGGGACUCUUUAAAUUUAUGGGCGUGUCCUCCUUCCUGGCUCUGGCCACGGCUGCAGGAUUGGUCGCCUAUAAGAAGGGGCUCGUCCCACAUAGCUAAAGCUCCUCCCGCUUUCGCAACCUGUUCUCUGAUCUGGCCUUGUGAUUGUGGCAUCCAAUCACCUAAUCACGGUCAUAACUCCGCCUGGGUAUGUGGCCGAGGUUACUUAAAUGAGAUUUGACACACAAUCGCUCAGUCAUUGUUAAAAAUUAAUCAAGUGAUUAUUAUGGCAUAACGAGUAGCUACUAAUUGUUACUGUGGGAAUUGCCCUGUCAAAGAGUUCACUAACUAGCCACAUUAAAGGAACCGAACCGAACGUGUGACAUUCCACAAUCAUUCAUUACGCGUGUGAGAGUGUGUGCGCGUGUGUGUUUUUCACCAGUCUUAUUGAUUACCUCUGCUAAUUUCAGGUGCUGUUCUCAGGAACCCGUUAAUUAACCUUCCAGAAAUACUGAAGUAACAUUACAGAGAUUAGAUUAUCAUUUAGCAAUGCGUUUUAUUUCAUUCUACAAGAGACUUUUUGUGAAUAUCUUCUCCACAUCACAACACAGAAGCCGUAUUAGCUUCAGCACAAUUCACUAUAUCAUUCACGAGAGAAGCAGAGGCUGUUCAUAUCACAUUAGUUAUUGUUUCUCAACUUACAAAUUAUAUGGCAAUUAGUACGUGUCUGGUAGCACGGCGAAGUAAAGUCUGUCAGUCAUAGAGAGCUGAUUCGAAGGUUGUCCCAGUGUUUUGUGUCGUUUCUAAAAGCUGCUGUGUGAUUGAAUCAUAUGAAAGCAUUUGAAUGUACUUUUACGUAGUUGAUUUUUUUUCAUGUAACAGACCAGUGUAUACUUGAAAUUUGAAUUUGUUUUUGACAUGCAUUGAUUUUCAGCCAUCCGCUGUUUAACAGUUCUCUAAUUCCAUAGUAUAUUAUUAAUAGUAAAAUAUAAAUGUAAUGUUAAUUUGUAGAGAAAUGUAAAACCCUUUUAUGUCAAUGAUUUAAGUUUUUUUCUUUUUUUUCUCCCAUCUACCCAUCUUGUGAUAGAUAGAUAGAUAGAUAGAUAGAUAGAUAGAUAGAUAGAUAGAUAGAUAGGUGCAAGUGAAAAGUGUCCCUCUCACCUUUGUAGAAGUAACCUGUGCAAUAUUAUUUACAAAACAAUUAUAACAUUAUGUAUGGUGAUUCACUCAAGUACAUGGCAUUCUAACACACUUCAGUUCUUUAAUCAUAUCUAGCAAAUUAUCAAAUCCUAUAUAUAAUUGCAGUUAACUGAAAAGGAGGUUAGGCCCCAGGCAGACAGAUUAGAGAAUGAAAUGUAUUAUGUGUGUAAACCUGAAGUGUGUACAUUUUGUUGUUCCAAAGAUGCGUUGUAAACUGUUGUUUGUGGUGCCUUAAUCUGAUGUAGUAUUCCUCAUUUCUCAAGUGCCUCUGUGCUGACGAGCUCCUCCAGUCUUGAACAUUGUCUCUGGGUCAGUCACUGGCUGCUUUAGGUGAUGCUUUCUAAAACGAGCUCCUUUCACAAGAACAGGAAAUAGAAUUUUGGUCGAAGAUUUGUGAAGCUCUUUGACCGAUAAAAUCUGCAUUUAAGAACCAUUCAAAAACCCACCGCUCUACUUUCCAGCAUACGAUGGAAAGCUUUAACAGCCGCUUCCAGAAGAAGAAGCCACUGAUGAUCCAGGACUGACAGAAUCAGAGGCAAAGCCACUCCUGACUGUUGACUGUAAUGUUUGAUAAGAAAGCUUUCUAUCUGUGACCUACAUCUUGGUUAGAGUCUGGUCCACUGUGAACUUAGUAAUGAUGUGGUGACACUUUUGUCCUGACAUGUUGUAUUUGCUGUAACUCCUCCACCUGGUGUGCUAGUGAAUUGUGCCUCUGUGUGUGUGUGUGCUGCUAAUGCUUUUCCCGAAACCACAUAACAUGGCGCUGUGUACCUGAUCUGUCGUCACCUGCUCCGGUUUGCAUAGCUGCCCUGCUCCGAUCAGGCCCCUUUGUCUGAUUUUGUGUGCGUAUCACAGUCUCCAAUGGUCUAGUCUUGUAAUUGCAAUAUUUGAUCUCUUUGUACAAAUUCAACGACUAAGCUGAUAAUAAAAACGUGGGAUUCACCACCA